CAACGUCCAUCCGCGACACAAGAACUUAUCUUAUAUCGUCGCGCUACGAAGAAGCCUAGAGAAAUUGUUCUAUGGCGAGCAUGGUGGUGAUGCAGACAUGUAUCCCGUAAUAUGGCGGCCCGUCAAGUUACUCGAUUGGGCGGCCAAGCCCUGCGAAACGCCGUCCACCUGCACUUCUACCCCCGUCUACGGAAGCUGGACGAGAGUCGAGAAGUCGUGCGCAUGUUGGAAACAUAUGGCCCGCUUCUCACGUUCAAGAAUCUGAAGUAUGACUUCAAUAACCCCCAUCCCGGCUCCGCCCUCGCCAUCUUCCACGACGCCGCUUCGGCCGCGCGCCUACUCAAAGAUUCCCCCUUACGCUUCUCCCUGAUCCCCGCCGACGUCGCGCGAUCAUAUUCAUCCGUCGACGGCGAACUUAACAUGGACUCCAUCAGCAAAAUCGACCCGUCUCGGCGCCUCGACGACUCCAAGCAGCGCUCCAACAUGCCGUUCUACGAUCUCGGACGGGACAAAAGCCCUAAACUCUUCGGUUUGCAGACAUCGGUGGCGGAAAUCACUCAAACGCAGGCUGCCGGUGUGGAUGGGGAAGGGGACCCGACCUCUGUGCGCGUCGAUACGCUAAACAACCCGUUUGAAUACCGGCUGAUCGCCGACGUUCCGACGAUCAAGUAUGAUGGGUUGCUCCAGCGGUCGCCGUUCCAUGGGCCGUUUCAUCCGAAUGUCGGGACGAUCGAGUUCCUGGAUUUGGUGGAAAAUGUGCCGAAUUAUGGAUUGGCGGAACUGUCGUUGAAACGGACGGAGACGACGCCAGGGAUGCUGAAGAAACGGCAGGCGGCGGUGGAGUCGAGAGUGAGGCUUCGGAAACUCGUUGAGAUGAGGGACGCAGGGAUGGAGGUUGACUGAUUCGACGACAGUGAACUGAGCUCUGAACAAUGGCAUAUAAGAGUAUCUGCCGAGAAUAAUGGGGCCUAUGGCAGUCGUCAUUGGGGCUCCUGGCGCAUGAUAGGUGCAUGCGAGCAUCCAGAUGUAUCAAAACUUGGAUUGGGAUGAUACCCAAGGAGAGUCAUCGACGGCAAUCGGCGCACGAUUUUAUUUCGACUGUACCAUAAACAUCAAAUUUCAUUCAAAGAACCCCAUCAGGAGUCGUCUCUAUUCUGAUCCACCAAAUCACGGAUGAUACAUCCAAUCCGCCGGAUUAAACCUCACCUCAAAAUCCACCCCCCCAUACACCCCCACCGCCGGAAAUAGAUCAUAAUUCCCCUCCAACCCCGCCACCCCCCCC